AUGAGUGAAGUUUUAAUUUUGUACGACGGUUACUCAAAAAUGGAUGGUGACGAUACUAUGAUAGCUAAUUGUACAUGUACAUUGAUUAAGGGCUCUCAAAACAUUAUCGUGGAUACAAUGACUGCUUGGGACUCUCUUAAAAUUUUAAGCGCUCUACAAAAACAUUGUCUAGUGCCAGAUCAAAUCGACUAUGUGAUUUCAACUCAUGGCCACUCUGACCAUAUAGGGAACAACAACUUAUUCCUACAAGCUAAGCAUAUUGUUGGAUUCAGUGUUAAUUUCAAAGACAAAUAUUUACUACAUCCCUUUGAUAAAGGUGAAAACUAUGUGAUAAAUGAAAGUGUUAAAAUAAUACCUACACCAGGACAUACUUUAUCUGAUGUGACUGUGCUAGUGAAAGCUGUACAAGGGGAAGUUAUAGCCAUUAGUGGGGACUUGUUUGAAAAGUUUGAAGACAUAGAACACCCAAAUAUAUGGAUUGAUGCAGGCAGUGAAAAUCCAGAUUUACAAAGUAAAAAUAGACUGAAGGUAGCUGAAUUAGCUGACUGGAUUGUACCAGGACAUGGCAAGAAAUUUCAAAAGACAUUAGUAAUCGUAGAAAACAGUCAAAAUCAUAAAAUGAGUCUAUUUUAUAAAAAUAAUGCAUCCAUUGUAUUGAAAAUUGACAUCCUAUAGAAUUACUUGCCAGCUACAGAUUUCAGUGUGUACAACAGCAGGUAUGUUGUUUUCAAUAGACAUUAUCUAGAAUUGUACCAAAAUUCAUUUUUUUAUAUGAAGAAUAUUUACACUCUGUUUAAAAAAUAUACAAUUUUUGUUUGACAGUAAU